UUACAUCAUUUUUAAAUGCACCAUCAACCUUGACCUCCAGACUAUCAGCAAUGACUUCAUUCCCAUCAAUAUAGAAGACGAUAAUACGGGCAGUUGGGGCCAUAACACUGGUGAUGUCAAUGAUGAAAGUUGCAACUGUCCCAGACAUACUCUUGGGGGAAAUGUCAAUGAUGUUUCCACGAGCAAUAACCUGAAAGAAUUAAUAAAUUUAAAUUUGUGCCAUUCUUAUCAAUAUGAUCAUAAUAUAUUGUAUUUUGGUUACCACCUUAUUGGAAUACAUGUAUUCUGUAUUUUACAUAUUUUUCAUUCAAAAACAGAAACCCCUCCUUGGAGAAGCUGCGUGUUCUUUUAUGUGUUUUGGUACACAGACAUACAAUUAUACACUAAAUCCUUUUCUAUGAGAUGUGGACAACUCAGUCAAACACCUUGAAUGACUUAAAAAGGUAUUUGUCUAAACUGAGGAUUGAGGCCAAGGCUAAGCAAAAGCGGUACCCUUUGCUCUGCCACAGUCAAACACCUUGAAUUACAUAAAAAGAUAUUUGUCUAAAUUGAGGAUUGAAGCCAAGGCUAAGCAAUAGCGGUAACCUUUGCUCUGCCACAGUCAAACACCUUGAAUUACAUUAAAAGAUAUUUGUCUAAAUUGAGGAUUGAAGCCAAGGCUAAGCAAUAGCGGUAACCUUUGCUCUGCCACAGUCAAACACCUCGAAUUACAUAAAAAGAUAUUUGUCUAAAUUGAGGAUUGAAGCCAAAGCUUAGCAAUAGCAGUUACCUUUGCUCUGCCAAUGAACUACCGCAAAUGUGGUAAAUUACACGUGGGUUUUAAUUACGCGCAAUUCGCGGGAGAGGAAUUAGCGUCAAAUAAAAA